UAAAUUGCAAGGUUGGUCACUAGAAGUGCUAAAAUAUUCACGUUUAGUCACUUAAAAAAUUUUAUUCUAUUCGUGGUCAUUGAAAGUAUUUAACGUUUUACGAUUGGUCACUCUCCGUUAGUUUCCACUACCACCGUUAGUGGUUUGCUGCCGUGGCAACCAAAAAUGUUGAUUCAUCCAAUUUUAAAACUCGACCUGCCACAUCAUGACUCAACCCAAUUCAACCCGUGAUCCGAGCAAAGAAAUUGAAGGAACCAAUUCUUUAAUUCCUCUACACAUCCCUCGAUCUCCCCCAUCUCUCUCAGCCUUUCCUCUUCUUUUUCCUCUGUUUGAUAUGCACCUCCUCCUCGCCGUCGUCUGCUGCCCUCCGUCGCCCAAGCAUCCUUCUCCGCAACUCUUCCUCGCCGUCGCCCGACCUCCCUCCGGUGCUGCUCAUCAUCUUCUCAAGAUGGGACCCCGAGGCCAGGGGAUAUUGCCAUCCGUCUCUCCUAUAAGUGUUGCUGCUAUCGUCUUCGUCUCCCCAACCAUUGAUAACUUCACCUCCGCACUCCAGUCCCGCACCACUCUGACGCUGAUUGGACCUUCAAGAAUAUUCCGCAGCCUUCUCUGGUCGAGCUGGAUCUAGGAGAAUCGCCUCUUUUCCCCGUCGAUUUCAGACUCGACGAGCAAAACUAACUCCAGGGACAGUCGGGGCCCGAAUCGAAGGGAGGUUGCUAGCCUCUGUCUUCGGCGGCGAAAAAUUUGGGCGGCGGAUUCCAUCUUCGAUCUGUUCGUUGACAAUCUGUGUUCCCGAAUAGAAGCAGCAGCGCCUUCACGUUUGGGAAUGCAUCAGUUUUGGCGUUCCACAAUGUUUUGGGUUGGGGAAUACUUGGGUUUACGGGAGGAGGCAAGGGGAGAUCGGCUUCGAGGAAGAGAUGAUCACCAUAGCAUCGACAAUCAAAAGUAGAUGCUCCCCUCGGCUGGGAUUUGGAAUUGGAAGAUUGAAGCUCCUUCUUCCCUGUCCUUUUCGGCGAAUGGAGUUUUAGGUCGGGCGGGUUAAUAAGGAGGGUUGGGUCAUGGGUUGGGAAAUGUGAUGUGGUGGGUAAAAUUGACGUGGCAUGUCCGGUUAUAUGAGGUGGCAGGUCAAAAUUGGAUGAAUCAGCAUUUUUGGUUGCUACGGCAGCAAACCACUAACGGUGGUAAUGGAAACUAACGGAGAGUGACCAAUCGUGAAACGUUAACUACUUUCAGUGACUACGAAUGGAAUAAAAUUCUUUUAGUGAC